AUGGACGCUGGCGGCGGCGGGGACGUCGCCGGUAGCGCGAGCACGGGCGCAGGCUUGCCGCCGCCGUUUCUGAGCAAGACGUACGACAUUGUGGAUGAUCCUGCCACGGACGGGAUAAUCUCUUGGAGCUCGAAGAACAACAGUUUUAUCGUGUGGAAUCCCCCGGAAUUCGCGAAGACUCUUCUCCCCAAGUUCUUCAAGCACAACAACUUCUCCAGCUUCGUCCGCCAACUCAAUACCUACGUAUGUCAACCAUCUUCUCUUAUCGAUGCUCUUGAUUCACUGUUUUAUCUUCUGUUAACCUACUUUGUUAUGCCGAACAAUAAUCUUCGGUUGCGAUAGAUAGAUGAGGAACUGUUCUUCGCUCGAUUUUACCUGGUACCGUUGAGAUCUGGUAUCUUGAUCUGACUAUUCCUCUCAACAUCGGGGUGAAUGGAUGGCGGAUUCGUGACCUCUGCCUCGCCCUAUUUGGUUGAACAACCUUCCAAAAAACUAUUUACGUGGUUAAUUUCUUUCAGAUGUCCUCAUGCUAGGGGCCGAUUCGACCAUCCCCAGCCCUUCCCGCUCUUAUGAAAUCACCAGUAUAUAUUUCCAUCGCCAAAGACUAAGGUCAGAUGCAUGCAGAGAGGCACAUUAUUCGGAAACAUUAGUACACUCACAGACCUAAUUGUUUUGUGAAUAAUUCUCCGUGGAUCAUUUCACAAUUUUCUGAUAUCUCAUGUCCACGAUAUGAUAAAGAUCAUAUAACUACUUGCUCUUUUUUUAUCGUGAAAAUCCUUCACUCUCGAUGAAUUAUUCCCUGAUUCUUCGGAAACAAUGGGCCUCUUACAUUAUUAUUUUUGUUCCCGGAUAAAAAUAUUAUAAACUGUCUAUAAGUUGGCUGUGGCAACGUAGUACGACUUGCACAAGGGAAAGGCAGGUUGAACUGCGUUGACUUUGGAAUAUAGAAAUAAUUUCAUCCUGUGUUUUACGCAGAUGAAAGUCAAAAGGCAGUAGGAACUGGAGUGAUCCAGUGAAGUAGCAAUAAAUGCGAGACUAUUUACUUCCAUAGUCUUAUUAUUUUUCACAUGCUGAGAACUCGGAAUGGAAGCUUGUGGAGUGGCUUAACCUGGGAGUAGAAGCUCUUGCAGCUUACUACGAUUAAUGAAGCAAAUAGGAGAUGAAUUGCCUGACUAUGAAACAUGAAUUUCCCUUUAAAUACAAGGUGUUCAUAGUAAUCUGGGUUGGGAUAAAAGGGCAGUAAUAGAGUUGGUAUAAUAAUCCAUAAUUAUUAUCCCAACUUAGUAGCUCUACCACAUUGUGUUCGUCUGUAUAUUAUUGUUCCACGUAUAUGUUUUCAACAGCAAUGGCCCAUCAUCUGAUUAGCAACGACUAGAACGAUUCUUCGAACAGAUUCACUUCUUGCAGGAAACACUCGAUUCUUUUCUCGAUGAAUCGCAAUCUGGCUGUCAUGGAAGAGCAUGCUGAAGCAUUAAUGGGGCAGGAUCCUUUUUUUUUUCUUUUUUUUUAAAUGAUAAAGCUGCUGUAGAACAUAUGAUCAUAGGCAUUCAAGUUGAUGGGGAAAAUAUUUUUUAAAAUUCAUCCAGAAAAUUCAAUUUUGAUCAGAUAAUGCACAAAUCUAGAGAGAGAGAGAGGUGAUGAUGAUGAUGAGCAACUUACUUGUUUGAAGUCCGUCGUGAGAUCUCUUUUUUUUGUUUUUUUUCGAUGGGCUGAUGAUGUCGUUGUGACAUGGGACAGGGGUUCAGGAAGGUGGAUCCCGAUAGAUGGGAGUUCGCGAACGAGGGUUUCCUCCGUGGGCAGAAGCAUCUCCUGAGGAACAUCACCCGGAGGAAGCCGUCACAUGUGCAGAGCCAGCCGCCGCCGCUGCUGCCGCAGGCGCCGUCGGCGGGGCCGUUCAUAGAGGUGGGCAAGUUCGGCAUGGAGGAGGAGGUCGAGCGGCUCAAGAGGGACAAGAACGUGCUCUUGCAGGAGCUCGUCAAGCUCCGGCAGCAUCAGCAGACCACCGACCACCAGCUCCGCACGCUGGGGCAGCGCCUGCAGGGCAUGGAGCAGCACCAGCAGCAGAUGAUGUCUUUUCUCGCCAAGGCCAUGCAGAACCCCAGCUUCCUCGCCCAGCUCGUCAAUCAGACCGACGCCCCCGGCCGGCGCAUCGCCGGCGGCGGCACCAAGAAGCGGCGGCUCCCCACCGGCGGUGGGGAGUUGUUCCUCGACGGGCAGAUCAUCAAGUACCAGCCCCCCGUCAACGAGGCCGCCAAGGCGAUGCUGACGCAGAUCAUGCAGAUCGAGGGCUUCCCCUCGCCGGAGGAGCCGGCGAUCAUAGUCGUUCCCCCGCCGGAGAUUCAGCCAUCGCCGCCGCGGAUUACGGAGAUGGUGGCGGACGCCGGCGGCUUCCCCGCGGCGGCGGAGGAGGAGGAAGGCCUCGAAAUUCCGACGGGGAUCGAAGAUUUCGUCGGCCCGAUCGGGAUCGAGAUGGACGAUGUGGCCUCUGAGAUCGGCAUCGGCAUCCCGCUCGAGGACGGCUCCAACCUUCCGGGGAUCAACGAUUCCUUCUGGGAGCAAUUCCUGACGGCGAGCCCGCUUCCCGGCGAGGAGGCGGCGCCGCCGGACGGCGGCGACUGCGACGGGCCCCAGAAGCUGGACCGUCUCACCGAGCAAAUGGGCCUCCUCUCCUCCGAGCUGAGGGAGUGA